AAAAGACAAAUAAUUGGGUGUUAGGAAAAAUUAAACCAGAACUGUCACUAGAAGCUAAAAUGAGGAAACUGAGGUUGUCAUACUUUUAGACACAUAAUGAGAAGACAUGAUUCACUGGAAAAGACAAUAAUGCUGGGAAAAACAGAAGGAAGUAGAAAAAGAGGAAGGCCAAACAAGAGAUGGAUUGAUUCCAUAAAGGAAGCCACAGACCUGAACUUACAAGAUCUGAACAGGAUGGUUCAUGACAGAUGCUACUGGAGAAGGUGAAUUCCUUCCAUUUGGCAGUGGACGUGGGAUGUGGCACAGGGCAAAGCAGUCACCUGCUGGCAAAGCACUUUGAGAAAGUGGUCGGGACAGACAUCAGCAAAGCUCAGAUUGAGGAAGCCAAGCAAGCCACCCACCCACCAAAUGUUUCUUAUCUCGUGUGCCCUGCAGAAGAGCUCCCCUUUGAGGAUCGCUCUGUGGACCUCCUCACAGCCUUUACUGCGGCCCACUGGUUCGACAUUCCGCGCUUCAUGAACGAAGUGGACCGACUUCUCAAGCCAUCUGGCUGCGUGGCCUUGAGUACCAGCACCCUCGACAUGCGGCUCCACUAUAAAGAUCGUUCAGAGAAGCUAACAGGAAUCAUCAAGGAGAUUAAAGACCAGAUAUUCACCUAUGCGCACGAAAAGGUCAAACGUGUUGCAAAUGACUACAAAGAAAUAUUUGAUUCCUUGCCGCUUCAGGACAAGGAGAGGAUCACAGACAUUCUGGAUCACGUGCCCAUGAGCGUCGCUGACCUGAUGGGAUACAUCCAGUCAUUCUCUCCCUACCAGAUUUUUCUAAAAGCCCAGCCUGACGCAGCAAAAUCUCUCGUCCAAAACGCUGAGCAAAGGAUCCUAGAGACAAUGGGCGUUUCCUCUCGUGAUACCCAGCUGGAGCUGGUCACUCGACAAGUUUGUGUUCUGGGUUAUAAGAGUUCUUAAAAGUGGAUUGAAUCCAGCUGAGGAAUGCACCGUUUGGACAAAACGAUGCGACAGCACUCCUGAAAACGUUCCAAGAAAAACAAGCGGCCCAUUUAAUUCCAAGAAGAGUGGAAAAUGCGUAUCCAUCCCCUCAAUGGACCAGGAUCACCAGCAACAAUGUCAAUUUAUUCCUUUUUAAAGAGCCAGAUGUAAAGUCACAGGAAAGAGCGUUGGACUUUAAGCCACAGGUUCAAAUCUCCACUCCAGGCAGUUCACUGGGUGACUUUGUGUGAAUCGUUUGCUCUCACCAGGGCCGGCUUCAGGCAUGACUGGGCACCAGCCUGCCCCGGGCCCGCAGCGCUAUAAUCCAACACUACCAUCCUCGUACAGGUGUAGCGCGCAUGCUUGCCAACAACCAAGAUGGCAGCGGGGGUGUCAGUCCCUUAGGGAAGCCCUUGCCGCCAUCUUGGUUGAUGGAGGCAUGCGAGUGCAGCGCGCACAGAAUUCACAGGGGCAGGAGAGGUAGGUGGGGCGUAUUGAAGCCCGCACUGUCGGUAUUGCAGGGAAAAAUGCCUGUGAGCUCUCUCUCCGUGAUCCGUGGCAGGGUUGGGUUGUAGGACCCAACGCUGCUGCAGAUCACAGAACCGGAGCGCUACCCUCCCACCCUAAGAAGGGGCCCUUCAGAGGCCCCUGUGGACCGCAGGGGACCUCAGCCAGGGCCCAACCUGGCCAUCCUCUGGCUCUGGCUCUCAGCCCAACCUACCUAAUAUAACUGGGGCGGGGGAACCUGUGUGGUUGUCCAGAUAUUCCUGGGUUCCAACUCCAUCAUCCUUGACUGGGUGUCUGGGGCUGCUGGGAGUUGGAGUCCAACUGGUGGGUCACAGACUUUUACCCCAGGAUAAAGGCCCCUUCAGUCCAGCCUCUGGUUCCCUAACAAGCCACAUCUUUCUUGCAAGUCCCCAGACAGGGCUUGAAGGCAACACACUUCCUCCUUUCUGCAACUGGUAGUCUGAGGGGUUUUCAUUUAUUGAAUAAUCUACAUUUUUAGUACAUAUUGGAUAAGUGCUGGUAAUGAUACUAAAGAUGCAAUCCUGUGCCUUCUUGGGAGUAAAUCCCAUUGGACACAGCAGGAGUUGCCUCUGAAUAAGGCUGUGUGCACACCAUACAUUUAAAGCACAUUAUUUCCCCCAAAGAAUCCUGGGAACUGUAGUUUAAGGAGGCUGGGAAUUGUAGCUCUGUGAUGGGUAAACUACCGUUUCCGGGAUUCUUUGGGGGGAAAUAAUGUGCUUUAAUUGUGUGAUGUGUUUGCAGCCAUAGUAUACAUUGGACUUGCUCUGUGUAAGGCCUUGUCUGCACUAUACAUUCAAAUACAACUUUAAACAAUCCUGGCUUCCCCCAAAGAAUCUUGGGAACUGUAGUUUGUUAAGGGUGCUGGGAGUUGAUAGAAGACCCCUAUUCCCCUUACAGAGCUACAGUUCUCAAAGUGGUUUAACAACCAAUCCCUCUUCCCAGGAAACUUUGAGAUUUGUAGCGCUCUGAGUGGAAUGAGGGAUCUCCUCACAACUCUCAGCACUCUUAGCAAACUACAGUUCCCAGGAUUCUUUGGGGGGAGCCAGGACUGCUCAAAGUGGUAUGAUACUGUUUUAAAUGUAUAGUGCAGAUAGGCUGUGAGUAUGAGUUUAGUAGUGUGGUGGUGGUGGCAGCCAAGGAUCUGGUACGAUGAUCAGGAACACUCCAAUGAGUUGGGACCUGUUCUCACGUCUCUAAUAUCUGACCAACACAUAUAUUUAGCUGGUGCCAUACCAGAGAUGAUUUCCCCUGCUCAAUUCAUAUGCAGCUAUUGAAAAAUAAAAAGAAAUUAAAGGACUUUUUAAAAAUGAAAA